AUGACACGAAAAGAUCUGGAAAUCAAGGAGGAAAAUGCCAAAGAGAUUGACUUCGUCGACAAGGACAUAACAAGCUUCGGGGAUAUCGCCCAUGUUUGUGAGUUUAAACCGCAGUUUCAGCUUGAAUAUGUCCAGCUGACCUGUCUGUCUUUAAGUCACAACAAAAUUACUGUCGUUCCUCCCGGCAUUGCCGCUUUGGUUAAUUUGGAGGUGCUGACUCUCUGGAAUAACCGCAUUGAGGACUUACCACCAUCGAUCUCAUCCCUUGCCAAACUUAGAGUGCUAAACUUGGGGAUGAAUCGUUUGUGGACCCUGCCCCGCGGAUUCGGCUCCUUCAAGGCCCUUGAAGUGCUGGAUUUGACCCACAACAAUAUUAGCGAGAAAAGUCUUCCGGGCAACUUUUUUAUGAUAGAAUCGUUGCGAGCCCUGUAUUUGGGUGAUAAUGACUUUGAAGUACUGCCGCCUGAAAUCAAGAACCUUAAAAACUUACAAAUUCUCGUACUCAGAGACAACAAUCUAGUCAGUCUUCCAUCAGAGAUCGGCGAACUCGCUCGUCUUAGGGAACUUCAUCUGCAAGGAAAUCGCUUGACUUUAUUGCCACCGGAAGUCGGAACCUUGGAUUUGAUCGGGAGCAAGUCGGUUUUCCGUUUGGAUUCAAACCCCUGGGUAACGCCAAUCGCUGAACAGCUUGGAAAAGGCGAUUUUAGUCUAACGAAUCUGGUCAAUUACAUUCGAUCUGACACUUACAUAUAG